CUUGUCUUCCUCUUGCUUAUUUUACAUUUGAGAAAAACUCUACUUCACUUGAGAAAGUAAGUAGAACAUUUUGACCUCCUAUGUUCCAACUAGUUUCUCUCAACAUUUUCAAAUUCCAUUCCACUUGAGUUCAUUCCCAAUUGAGGUGUUUCAAAUCCCUUUCAAAUAAAUUCUUUUUUUUUCAAAUGACAAUCCUUGCACAUCUUAUGCACAUCACUGAUUUACCACAUUGUAUCCCCUCAUCCUCCAAUUCUUGAUCAAAUGGAUGAUCAUUUGAUACUUUCAAAUGGACUCCCUUCAACUGAACCCUAGACUCAGGGAGUAUUUCAAACCACUCCCAAUUGACCUCUUUUUUUUAGAACAACUUAUUUUUCCUCAUACCUAUCUCACUCCCCCAUUCUUUUCCAUCAACACCUUGACCUCUUGAAUUGAUUUUAUGCCACCAUAUUCACCAUUGGUAUUGUAUCUGUACUUCCAUCACUACCCCUCUAAACCUUGGAUCUAUCUCUUUCCAUCAUUUGUUUGCCACAAACAAAGUGAUAACAAAUUUUCCUUUUAAUGCAUAUCACUCUCACUCUCCAUUUCUAUCUCUAUGUCUCAACCUCCAUCAACAUUACCUCCUCAACAUCAUGCACAUGGAUGAUGUGCAUCUCUCUCUCAUUGUUCAUUUUUGUUUGGCAAGAAUGGAGCCGGCCAAUUUGUGUUUGCAUUCAAAAUUCGGCCAGCACUAUCUCCCCUUUUCCUUCUUAUACAAGCCAUGCCUCCCACCUACCCCAAUCCAUAAAUGGGCAGCCUCCCAACCAACUCAAUCAAUGAGGAGGCUACCUCCCAACCAACUCAAUCAAUGAGGAGGCAGCCAACCCACCCCCUCUCCCUCUAUAUAAAGGGGCUUGGCAGCCCACUCCCUCCUCACUUGCUCUCAUUUCCCACUCUCCACUCCUCUCCACUCCUCUCCUUUGCCUCAUUUCUUUUCACUCCCUACUAUUUCCUCCACUCCCUCACACUCUCCUCCUCCACUUCCCCACGAAAAUGGUGCUCCCCUUGCUCCCAUGGCCGGCCAUAGCCAUGGCAAGCCACCAAGAUGAAGCUCUCCCCCUCCCUCAAGCUCAUCCUCACCAUGAGAGCCUCCCUCUCCUUCUUCUCCCUAACCUUAGAUGGUUUAAUCUCCUCUUCUUCUCCCUCCAUUGCUAAGAUUGGAUCUUGAUGCAGGUGCAUGUUGGUCCAAGCAUGGAGAAGGUUGAGCUAUCCUCAGAUCUGAAGUUCUUGAGCAAAAUCCAAAUCGAGUGGUUCAAAGUUCUGCAGAUAGAUCAAGAUCUGGUCAGAUCUGACUUUGUCGAAUUAAAUCAGGAGCUUGGAAACGAAUUUUUGAAUGAAACCAGUUGGGGGAUGUUUGGUUUAUACUAUGGUGAUAACCGAGAGAGGCAAUUGCUAAGUUGUGAUACUCUCAUACCUUUACUAGACGCGAGCAAUUCCAGAGAAGAAGAAGUGGAAUUGGACAAGGAUUUUAUUUAUAUUGUUGGGAUUCUUAUAUUGAUGGAGUUGAAGAAGUACAGGGACAAAUAAGCCAAGACUUGAAGGAGUUCGACAGAUGAAGAAGGAGUUGACGACGUCUAUGCGGGCUAGGAACGUCUCCCCAGUCAGUUGCCUGUAGGGUUAUGGCAGAUGACUUGGGUACUGCGCUGCUGAAGUGAUGAUGCUACUCUGAUGUUUAGUUAGGCCCUUCGAGGCUAUUAUGUAAGUAUUGGUCAUGUGACCAUGUUGUAAUUUUCUUAUUCCGCUUUGUAAUGGAUGGUGUAAUUUGAUAUCAGUUCGGUUAUGUGUUCA